CGGUGGUCGCGGUACAAGUUGAUGUCAGGUGGUAUUUAGUCACAUGAACGCGCCUCCUCCUCCUCAUGCAGAGUCCAUGUAACGUUAAAUGAGUCAUGUUGUUUCUAACUUUAUUGAUCACCCAAAUACAAAAGUAUUUUCAAAACCUAGUAUCAAUAGUGAGUAAUGAUUGUGAAUACUUUUGACACCUCUGGUGGAUAUAUGGGCGCACAUCUGUCCCGUGAGACGAAGAGGAAGUGGGGUCAGGAAUCACGUGAUCGUCUCAGCGCCACACAGGAAGUCUGCUGGCCGAUUCAACAUGGCUGCCGUCUGCGACUAGAGCAGGAUCGCAAGUGGCGAGAUGAUAUAGUCGGCGGUCUGCGUCUACAGGACAGUUGACUCGGUUCGGUGUGCAAGCUGCGGUGGACACCGGUCCGACAUGGCCCAAUGCGUGCAGUCCGUGCAGGAGUUGGUCCAGGACUCGUUUGUUCCGAUGGUGGCCGUCUUAUGUAGUGAGGAAGCGGAGAGAGUGACUCGCAAGAACAACCUGAAUUUCGCUGAGCUGCUGCGGCCUUUCUGCAGACUGACGUCCGAAGGUCACAUCCGGGACCCCAAUAACCAGGUGCAGGUUGUGAAAAACCUGCGCAUUUGUGUCAACAAUGUGGUGACAAGUCCAAACGCGGCGUCUGCUGCCCAGCGCCGCCUGCUCAAUGAGGUGGUGUCAUUGUGCCAGCCCCAAGAGGGGGCGGCGACCAACGUCAUCACGGCCGGGGACUACGACCUCAACUUCAGUGAUCACUCGGUUAAAGCUAGCGUCCCGUGGUACAGUGCCUGGAGACAAACCCUGUCUGAAGUCAGCACCUCCAAGCACUACACAGCGACCACGCCCUGGUUUGAAGCCUACAGGGAGAACUUCCUGCAGUCGAUGGCCGCCUCCGAACACGAGUUCCUCAACCACUACCUGGCGUGCCUGCUGGUGGUGUCCUCCACUGAGACCGUCCCUGUGGAGCAGUUCCUCAAGCUCUCCCAGGAGCAGCACAGGAUCCAACACAGCGGAGAUUACACCAACCCCAAGUGGUUCAUCCCCAACACGCUCAAGUACUACGUCCUGCUGCACGACAUGGGCGAGGGCGGCGAGCAGAGGGCGGAAUCUGUGUACGAGGAUAUGAAACAGAGGUACGGCCACCAGGGCUGCUACCUGCUCAAAGUCAACUCUCGGAGCUUCUCGGCUGAAGAUGAUGAACAGAUGCCGGACCCCUGGAGUCAGUACCUGCACAGGAGCAACCUGCAGAACCAGGAAGAGGAAGAUGCAGCUGUGAACAGUGGUCCUGUUGAGAACAAAGCCAGUGCAGCAGAAGUGGACAGCAGCCCCACGACAGACAAAGACGGAGCCCCCACCAGCCUGGAGCCCCACCCUCUCCAGCUGGACACAGCUCUCUGCGCCGAGCACCCUGAGCCCAAGAAAGGAGCGAGGGAGCCGGAGAGCCUGGUCGGGGCAGCAGGGAGCCACGGGGCAUGUCUGACCCUGAAUGACCACGACCACAUCAGGCAGUUCAUCCAGGAGUUCACCUUCAGAGGCCUGCUGCCACACAUCGAGAAGAACAUCCGACAGCUCAACGACCAGCUGGUCUCCAGGAAAGGUCUGAGUCGCUCUCUGUUCACGGCCACCAAGAAGUGGUUCGGAGGAGGGAAAGUUCCAGAGAAGGGUGUCAGUGAACCAAAGAGCACAUGUGGCCUCCUGUAUCCCCCAGAAGCCCCUGAACUCCAGAUCAGGAAGAUGGCUGACCUGUGCUUCCUGGUCCAGCACUACGAGCUGGCCUACAGCUGUUACCACACGGCCAAGAAAGACUUCCUGUCAGACCAGGCCAUGCUGUAUGCAGCAGGAGCGCUGGAGAUGGCUGCAGUGUCGGCCUUUCUACAGGCUGGAGCUCCCAGACCUUACCCCACCCACUACAUGGACACCGCCAUACAGACGUACAGAGACGUCUGCAAGAACAUGGUGCUGGCUGAGCGCUGUGCAUUACUCAGUGCUGAGAUACUCAAGAGUCAAGCUAAAUACUCCGAGGCUGCAACGCUCCUCAUUAAGAUGACCAGCGAGGACUCUGACCUGCGCAGUGCUCUGCUGCUGGAACAAGCUGCCCACUGCUUUAUUAACAUGCGCAACCCCAUGGUGCGCAAGUUCGCCUUCCACAUGAUCCUGGCUGGUCAUCGUUUCAGCAAAGCCGGACAGAGGAGGCACGCGCUGCGCUGUUACUGCCAAGCCAUGCAGGUGUACAAGGAGCGGGGCUGGUCCUUGGCAGAGGACCACAUCCACUUCACAAUCGGUCGUCAGUCCUUCACACUCAGCCAACCAGAGAAGGCCGUGACAGCCUUCAGACAGAUCCUGACCAAUGACAGCAGGCAGACGGCCACACAGCAGGGCGCCUUCCUCAGGGAGUACCUCUACGUCUAUAAGAGUGUUGUAGGGGGGGAUGAAGACCGCCUCCCCCAGCUGCCUCUGCCCUGCAUCCACAGCUCAGCCACACGGGUCUACUUCGGACACGAGCGGCGCCUUGCACAAGGCGAAAAGCAGGCCGCCACUCACGUGUCCCUGGACCAGGAGUACGACCAGGACCUGGCCGCCAUGUGGGGCCACCUGGAGGAGCAGCUUGUGGCUGCAGCCAACAGGGGGGUUGUCCCAGCAAGCUUCCAGCCCACCCAGUGCUGCUUGAACAGCCAGACGGACAACCUGCGCUGCCCCCUGGCUGUGGCCGAGGAACCAAUUAUAGUGGAGGUAAUGUUCAGGAACCCUCUGAAGGUUCCUCUGGCGCUGUCCAACCUCGCCCUCCUCUGGAAGUUCACAGCAGAAGGUGUGACUCCCUCCGAGGAGGUGACAGGAGAAGCCAUCACCAAUGAGGAGGACCUGACUGAAGGGGUGAGCGGCCGCCACUGUGCUAUAAAAGCUCCACCUCCACGGUCUCUCACACGGUUUCUCCUCACGCAGACGGACAACGUCGUCACCACACAGAUCAUCCUGGAGUUUCUUUUGUGUCCAGAAGAGACCAAAAUGGCUCGACUCCAGCUGCUGCCACACAGAACGGGCCAGCUGAGCAUUGUGGGUGUGGUGUACAACCUGGCUGCAGCCCCCUGUGGAGAGACGGCUCCCAGCUGUGAAGGCCAGCAGGCCAUGGAUUUCAUGGUGGUUCGGGGCAGACAGGACCUUAAGAUCCAGGGCCCACGACUGAACCAGACCAAAGAGGACAAGAUGUUGGUUCGACAUGGUGUGGAUCGGCGGCUGGACCCCAUCAUAACUCCACCCAUGCCCCUGAUGGAGGUCUUCUUCCUGCAGUUCCCCACCGCUCUGCUGUGUGGUGAGAUCAGGAAGGCCUACGUUGAGUUCUGUAAUGUCAGCGCUGUCGCUCUGUGUGGCCUCCGAGUGGCAUCCACGCACCCGGAUUUCUUCACGUUUGGCAGCCGGGCCCCGACCCCCCUCACACCCGUGAGCCCGGCCUCAGCAGAGAACUGCUCGGCCUAUAAGACCACCACCCGGCAGCCGGGCUCUGUGGCGUCAGAGAUGCUGGUGUCAGCGGGGGAUUUCAGUCCGCUGUCUGGCGUGAUGGAGAUUCCAAUAGAUGGCAGCACGCUGCUACCAGGCGAGUCCACCCAGCUGCCUCUGUGGCUCCGAGGACCAGACCACGAGGGAGUCCACGAGAUCAACUUCCUGUUCUACUAUCAGAGCACCGAGAAAGGGAUGAAAAUCAGCCAUCGCGUGCUGCGCCACACGGUGUUCAUCUGUGCCAGCCGCUCUCUGAGCGUCCAGGCGUCGGCCUGCCGCAGCAGCGUCCCGCCGCAUCAGCGCCUGGACGACAAAAGCACCGGCGGGUCGCUGGUCUUUGUGGAUGUCGAGAACGUCAAUACAAGUGAAGCUGGCGUGCGUGAGUUCCACAUCGUCCAGGUGUCCAGCAGCAGUCAACACUGGUGCCUCCACAAGUGCAUCAACCCGGCCAAUGACAGAGACUGUAAGCUCGGCAGCAGAGAACGAGCCAAGCUGUGCUUCAGAGCCACACGAUGCCAGCGCCCAGCUGCCUCGGAUGCUGCAGAGGAGUACACGUUUGCAGACGUGAACCUGGGAAAUGAACAGAUCAUCAGUUCCUCCACCCCCUGUGGAGAUUUCUUCUUCCGGGGCUGUCUGAGCCCGGAGUCUCAGAGAGGGGGAGGGACAGCGUCCAGGACGUCCUCCAGCAGCAGGAUUCAGGAGGACAAAGCCGCUGACAUCAGCAACAUCGUCAAGAAGUGUAACGAGCUGGACCUCAACAUAAUCGUCAUCUGGAAGGCCCAUGUGGUGGAGGACAACAAACAGCUGAUCCUGGAGGGCCAGCUCCAUGUGGCGCUGCAGACUAUCGGCAAGGAGGUGACUUCUCUGACUCCCAAAGAGGAAGCUCAGGAGAUGGUGCUCCUUAAGUUCAAACCCGAGGCUCCUGCUCCAGUGGCCCCACCCUCUGCAGAGCUGUCCCAACUCAUCAAAACCAACCUGCACUACCCAGAGACCCACAGCCACCCGUUUGUCCAGGAGAGUCUGUGCGUGGUGCCCGUCACGCUCACUCUGUCCAACUGCUCCUCGGCUCCAGUGGACGUCCUCAUUGACCUCAGGCACAAAAGCCCCAGCCCAGAGUCUGUGGAGGUCCACAGCUCGUUCACCUGGGUGGGUCGGACCCAGUACAAGCUGCAGCUGGAGCCUCAGGAGGUUCUGUGUGUGACCCUGCGAGCCUGCUUCCUCCAGGCAGGCGUCUACAACCUCAACACACUGCGAGUGUUCGCCAAGCUGACGCAGCAGGGCGCCGUGUGUGAGGCAGAUAGUCAGCAGGCAGCCAGUCCCGCUCUCAUCAUCAUCAACAACGCCUGAGGAGCCCAGGGAUGCAACCCACACACCUACUGGAUCUCCUUGGCAGGACACAGAUGUUUGUAAAAAGUUUGAUUGUUUUAGUUGGUGAGACUCGCCUGCAUGUGACUUUGUUUGUGUGAGUCCUUCUGAUCAACACACAGGAACCUUUAAACGUACCCGUUUACAUCCUGACUAUUGUACCCCCAGCUGUGUGACCCCCCCCUCCCCCUGUGUGAUUUUUGUACAACUGUUUGUCAGUACAUCAGGCCACCAUGUGUCAGCCCCCCCCCCCCCCCCCCCGUGACUUUAACCUAUCAUGAUCGAGCUCUUGUAUGCAUUGACUUGACAGCUUUUCUGAAAAUGAUGUAUUAUAUUUAUAUAACAAAUUGGUUGUAAAUAGGAAAUAAAGAUGUAACUAAUGA